UCGCCUUCCUCCGGCUCUUCUAGCGUCUCCCUCUUGCUCUUGGCAUGCUUUCCCGGACCUGGUGGCCACCAUCUAAUGAUGUCCAGCUAGGGCCUCCACUCUCUAACUGCUAUGUCUUCAGCAGCAGCUCUUCUGUCUCAAGCCAUCUGAAGGGGCCCAAAGGUUUUGUGGUCUGAGCUUGGUGGAUGCUGGGAUGUCAGGUUGUAAAGUGGAUAGUGGUGGCGGCGGUGCUGCUGUUCUGCAGAGGUCCCAGGCCAGGGAAGGAGUGGCCCAGAGAGAAGAAGAGCAAGAAGAAGAUGGAGAUGAAGACCUCCGAGAUGGAGGGGUCCCUUUCUUUGUGAACCGUGGAGGGCUUCCCAUCAAUGAGGCUACCUGGGAAAGAAUGUGGAAACAUGUGGCCAAGAUCCAUCCUGAGGGAGAAUUAGUAGCUAUGAGGAUCCGGGGAGCCACUGAUCUACCCAAGAUCUCCAUACCAAGUGUGCCUACUCUACAGUCAACCACUCUCAUCCCUGAGCGCCUGGAAGCUAUACAGCGCUACAUCAGGGAACUUCAAUACAAUCACACUGGGACACAGUUCUUUGAAAUCAAGAAAAGCAGACCUUUGACUGGGUUGAUGGAUCUGGCCAAAGAAAUGACAAAGGAAGCCCUGCCAAUCAAGUGUUUGGAGGCUGUGAUCCUAGGAAUUUACCUCACCAACCACAUGCCAACACUGGACCGCUUCCCCAUCAGUUUCAAAACUUACUUCUCAGGGAACUACUUCCACCAUAUUGUGCUGGGAGUGAACAUUGGGGGCCGCUAUGGGGCGCUUGGCAUAAGUCGACGCGAGGAUCUCAUGUACAAAGCUCCCACCUUCCGCACACUGAGUGAGCUUAUUUUUGACUAUGAAGAGGCCUAUCGGUGCUGCUGGCACACCCUCAAAAAGGUGAAGCUUGGCCAUUGUGUGUCCCAUGACCCACACAGUGUGGAGCAGAUUGAAUGGAAGCAUUCCGUCUUGGAUGUGGAGAAGCUGAGCCGCGAGGACUUCCGCAAGGAGCUUGAGAGGCAUUCCCGUGACAUGAGGCUAAAGAUCAGCAAAGCUACUGGACCACCAUCACCCACCAAGGAUAGGAAAAAGGAUGUAUCGUCCCCACAACGUAGCCAAUCCAGUCCACAUCGUCGCAAUAGCCGGACGGAAAGGCGACCAUCUGGAGACAAGAAACCUACAGAACCCAAAGCCAUGCCCGAUCUUAAUGGUUACCAAAUCAGAGUAUAAAAAUCUUCUCAUUUGUGGACCACUUGGUGGAAAGCAUUUGAACCAAUACUACCUAUAAGAUGUGCAGUGUGGGAGGGGAUGCAGAGGGUACAAAGUGCAUAUUUUCAAAGGUAUUGAUUUACUCGGAGGUGAUAUCCUGUCUAUUAGAGGAUAGCAAUUUCUUUGCAUUAUAUCAGGAACUAAAUACAACCAAC